UCUGUUGGCUGUUUUCUGGUAGAAAACGUGUUUUUCAGUCUGACUUAUGAGAAUCACGCUUUAUCCACAUAUAGAGUCUGCAGCGAGAAAAAAAAAAGCUGACGGUUCCUGGAACAUCUGUCCGUACGCAGGUCCUCAAAAUGGGGAAGCCACAGAAGAAAAAGAGUGUUGCAGAUAGGGUUCGUAAGGUAAAAGCCUCAACUGAAAUCAAGAACAACCCCUUUGAAGUGAAGAUAAAUCGGAAGAAGUUUGAUGUUCUCGGACAAAAGACCAAACAUGAUGUUGGACUUCCAGGUGUAUCAAGAUCAAAGGCAAUAAAAAAGCGUAAAGAAACCCUGCUGAAGGAAUACAAACUGAAAGACAAGUCAAAUAAGUUCGUUGACCGUCGCAUUGGUGAAUAUGAUAGCCAAAUGGAUCCAGAAGACAAGAUCCUGAAGAGGUUUGCCCUGGAGAGACAGCGAACUCAGGGCAAGAGGAGCAUAUACAAUCUGAACGAAGAUGAAGAGCUGACCCACUUCGGCCAGUCCUUGGCAGACAUCGAGAAGCUCAAUGAUGUGGUGGACAGCGAUAGUGAUUCUGAAGAGAGGGGCCUGCUUUCUGCGGAACUCACUGCCUCACACUUCGGUGGCGGAGGUGGCUUGUUGAGAAAGAAAGCUCCUGGAGAAAGUGGGGAUGAAGGAAGUCAGAAACCUAAAUCCCGUCAAGAACUAAUUGAAGAGCUCAUUUUGAAGUCCAAACAAGAGAAGAGAGAGAGACAGACCCAGAAAGAAGAAUCCCAGGAGCUGACAGAGAAAUUGGACCAGGACUGGAAGUCCAUCCAGGGCCUUCUGGCUCAUAAGACCCCAAAAGCUGAGAGGAAGGAGUUGGAAGAAAAGCCGAAGCCAGAUGAGUAUGACAUGACCGUUCGGGAGCUGGCAUUUGAAAUGAAGGCCCAGCCCUCAGAGAGAAUGAAGACACAGGAGGAGCUGGCCAGGGAGGAGCGUGACAGGCUGCAGAAGUUGGAGGCUGAUAGACAGCGCAGAAUGCAGGGUGAUACUGAGGAGGAUAGUACCACAAAACAAACCUACCUUUCGGCUGACGACCUGAAUGAUGGCUUCCUUCUGAACAAAGAUGACCAACGGAUGCUUUCCUAUCAUGAUGGAAAGUGGAAUUUGGAAGAUGAGGUGGAGAAAGAAGAGGAAGAUGCAGAAGGAGAUGAUGAGGGUGAUGACAAAGAAGAAGAGGAUGAUGAUGGUGAUGACAACAGUGGGGAGGAGGCGGAAGAGGAGGAGGACAUUGAUGGAGAGUCUGGUCACUCUGACCUCGAAUCGGAUAAGGACAGCGAGCAAGAGGGAGGAGAUGAGGAGGGGCCAGCAGGAGAGGAGGCCCCCACAAAACCCUGCAGCUCCUUGAGUGAGGAGGAGAAGCUAGCGCUGCAGGAGGCUGCCAGAGCAGAGCUCCCAUACACCUUUGUUGCACCCGAGAGCUACAGUGAGUUGAAGUCCCUUCUCCAUGGACAUACUACUGAGGAGCAGUGCCUAAUUGUGGAUAGGAUUCAGAAGUGUAACCACCCUAGUCUAGGCAUGGGCAACAAGCUCAAACUGCAGAAACUCUUUGACUUUCUUCUGGAGUAUGUGGGAGAGCUGGCCACUAGAUGUCCUCCAGAACUCAGCACAGUAAACAAAUUGGUGCCGCAGUUAUAUGCCCUCUGCCAGCUGUUCCCAAAUGCUGCAUGUAAAGCCAUGCAGACCUUGCUGAGUGACAGUGCCCAUGAUAUGGCAGAAACUCUAGAGGUCAAGGGUCGAACAGCACUCCCAGGCCUUGAUAUGCUCAUUUACUUGAAGAUCACGGCUCUGUUGUUUCCCACUUCGGAUUUCCGGCACCCUGUCACCACCCCAGCCAUGGUGUACAUCAGUCAGUUGCUCACAAAGUCUCAUGUGAGUUCCUUGGAGGAAGUGACCUCAGGAUUAGCUCUGUGCUGCCUGACCGUGGAAUAUGUGACCCUCUCGCAACGAUUCGUGCCCGAGCUCAUCAACUUCCUCCUGGGCAUCCUUCACCUGGCUGUUCCGAACAAGCGAUCGAUAGGUUACUGCCUGGUUCCUCCCUUCAGGCUGUCUGGUAAGAACUGUAAUCUGCUGGUAGUCCAAAAUAUGGCACACACAGAGUCAUGGAGCAGGAAGAGACUGCCUCUGUCUGGAGUCCAGGGCCUGAAGCUGAAGGAUGAGCUGGAAAAAGACCACUACAGGCUGUCAUCACUGACUACCUGUCUGGACCUGGUCAAGAGGUGCACUUUGCUGUAUAAAUCCCUGCCUUCUUUUAGUCAUAUCUUCCAGUCAAUUAGAAUUCUGCUCGCUAAACAUCUUCCCAUAGAAGGCCAUCCCAGAUUCAUACAGGACCUCCACAGAGAAGUGCUGGAAGCUGUGUCAGUGCCUUCAGUCCUUCAGCCUCCACUGGUAUUUUCCAAGAGGAAACCCAUACCUUUAAAAUUGUUCACACCCAAAAUUGUUGAAGUACUGGACUACGGGAAGAAGCGAGGCAGCUCUAAGCAGGAGCGGGAGAGGGAGAGGCUGAAGCACAAGUACAAGAGGGAGUUUAAGGGCGCUUUGCGAGAGAUUCGCAAGGACACAAAGUUCUUGGCCACAGAGAAGCUCACCGAGGUUAUGGAGAGGGAUGCAGAGAGGAAGAGGAAGGUGAAGGAACUUUUUGGCAGUCUGGCAACCCAGGAGGGAGAGUGGAAAGCCCUGAAAAGAAGGAAAAAGUGAAGUCAAUGAAGUCAUUAUAAAGGUUGCUGCUGUGUCCAUUCCACCCCAAAGGGUACAGCAGGGCCAGUCAGUGUGGAUCUGUCUUACUGUUCUCACUCUGGAUGUUCAGCCACUUGUGCUAAAUUAUGAACUCUGUUAACUUCAGUCAUUGAGAAAAACAUUCAGUGUAAUAUUUCGGUGACUGAGUUUAAUUUUCAGCAUUGUUUAGAAGAACGUAUAAAGGAGCACAAGUUCAGUCAGCUCUUGCCAGGUAUUUUGUUAUACUCACAUAGAAAACUUUAAAACCGUGUUUGUAGACUAGUACAAUUUUACACAACAAAGGGAGUCAUGUUUUCAGAUUUUGAACAA